CCCGUGAAUGAAGAGAAAAUCGCCACUUUUGGGUUAUUUCCCUAGUGUCGGGGCGUCUCUUUCUCCGUCGCAUGGAGCGGUACCCGCCUGGGCCUGGCCAGGGCUGUUGGGCCGGGUCUGGGCUUGAGGAGUCUCUCCCUGACAGAAAAACUCAAGAAUAGGUGAGUGAACCACAGGCAGUAGAAUAUGGCUGGACAGAUAUCGGAAUCUGAUCAGAUCAAGCAGUUCAAGGAGUUUCUUGGAACAUACAAUAAACUUACAGAAAACUGCUUCCUGGAUUGCAUAAAGGAUUUCACUAGCAGAGAGGUUAAACCAGAAGAGAUGACGUGCUCAGACCACUGCCUACAGAAGUAUUUAAAAAUGACACAAAGGAUCUCCAUGAGAUUCCAGGAGUACCAUAUCCAGCAGAACGAAGCUCUGGCAGCUAAAGCAGGACUGCUCAGCCAACCUCGUUAGACAAGAGCGCUCUGAGCAGACUUUACAAGCAGUGCCAGUGUUCACUGAGCAAGAACACACAUUUUGGAUUUUCUGCUGUCGGGAUAUGCAGCUCGGAAGAGAUUUCUAGAUGCUGUUCAGACAGUGGAAACCAUGAAGGGUUAAACAAGAAGUUAGUCAUGGUGGACUGGCAAUGGAGUCUGUUUCUGAGGCCCUUUUCACUCUAUGGUGGAGUAAUAUCGAUACAAACUUUUCCUGGGCCCACAGUCCGGUAUGUUUAAAUUGCGAGGGGGGUGGGAGGGUUAUACUUCCUUUCUGCUAGGACUGGUUCAGAUGGAAAAUGUGUAAUAUGGGAAAUACACUUUUUAAAAUUUAAUUCAAGUGAAAUAAACGGGAACUGUACACUUGUA